CAGUUCAGCUGGAUCAGAUUACACAUAGAAAAAAAAAAUACAAUUAAUCAAAGUGUAUCGAAGGGUUGAAUUUCUCAGGCUGACCUGCUGAAUUCAGUCCAGAAAUGUCAUAUGGAGGCAACACAAAGCGCAGAGAGGAGGGAGCUGAUCAAACUUCCCUCCCAUCAGCAGCAGCAGCAGCACAGUGCUGUGAGUGUAUGUGCAUGUGUGUGUGUGUGUUAGUGUGAGUGCAGUCAGAUCGCGAGAAAAGACCUCCCCGGUCCACACUGGUUCAGUGUUUUGCAGCCUUAACCUGUGGGUCGGUGCACCUCGGUGAAAAGCAUGAAAAGUGUGAUCCAGCAGCUCUCAGGACGAGUGAGAGGACCAGCGAGCUGAACCCUCAGGGUGAGCACAGGCCGUCAGUAGGGAACCAUGUGCAGCUCCCUGAGCCCCAAACAGCCGAAUGGCCCCGGCCUCACAGACAUGCAGCAGUAUCACCAGUGGCUGGCCAGUCGACACGAAGCCAGCUUGCUGCCCAUGAAGGAAGACCUGGCCCUCUGGCUCACUAAUUUCCUCGGUCUGGAAAUCACCGCGGAGAGUUUCAUGGAUCGCUUAGACAAUGGCUUCCUAUUGUGCCAGCUGGCUGAGACACUACAGGAGAAGUUCAGGCAAAAUACUGGAGACCUGCCUUCCUCUGGCAACAGCAAGCAGAGUAUUCCCAAUCGGAGGAUACCAUGUCGACAGAGCGCUCCCUCCGGUUCCUUUUUUGCACGGGACAACACAGCCAACUUCCUGGCCUGGUGUCGUAAGGUUGGAGUUGGAGAAACGUGUCUGUUUGAGUCAGAGGAUUUAGUUCUUCAUAAGCAGCCACGAGAAGUGUGCCUCUGUCUUUUAGAGUUGGGACGGAUAGCAUCACGGUACAACGUGGAGCCUCCUGGCCUCAUAAAACUGGAGAAAGAGAUUGAACAAGAAGAAAAAGCGCCUCCAUCACCUCCACCACCUCCAUCACCUCCAUCACCUGUAUCCCCAGCUCAGCCCCUUCCUCCAUCUCCAUCCUUAUCUCCCUCCCCGUCUCCUACUCCGUCUCCGACUCCCACCAAAGUCAGCUCCAGCAAGAAAAGUACCGGGAAGCUAUUGGAUGAUGCUGUCAGACAUAUCGCUGAUGACCCUCCCUGCAGAUGUCUGAACAAAUUCUGUGUGGAGAGACAGUCACAGGGUCGAUACCGCGUCGGGGAGAAGAUGCUUUUUAUCCGGAUGCUGCACAACAAGCACGUGAUGGUGCGUGUUGGUGGAGGCUGGGAGACCUUUGAGAGCUACCUGCUGAAACACGACCCGUGCCGCAUGCUCCAGGUCUCCCGGGUGGAGGGCAAGACGUCCCCCUUCGGCAGCAAGUCCCCCAACAUCAAGGACCUCACUCCCGACAGCUACCUGGUGGUGGCAGCCCAUUACCGCAGCAAAAAGUGAAGACAUGAGACUGAAACGUGCCAUUCAUAACAGGAUCACUUCUUGCCAUUGUUUACUCCCUAUAUAACAUAUCCCUGUCCUUAUACAUAUUAUGGCUACAGACACAACUGCGUUAAUGGAAAGCAAAUGGAUGUUUGUGAGCAGAUUAAUCCUGGAGUCACAUUAGUAGGCCCUUAGUAGUUUUACAGAACUGAAAAAUAUGUCAAUCAUUACAAUAGAAUAUAAUUUAAAUUUAGUCGCUGCACCUGAUUCGACUGUUCUCAGGCCUUUAAAUGUGCGUUAUCGCUCGCUAUAAGCAUCAUAGAUGUGGGUUAGUAGGGGCCUACUACACCUACGUUGUAAAAGUGAAAGCGAAACUUAAAACCAACACAUUUUAACACGAUUUAAAACUACAUGAAACAUGUUUUGAACACAAACAAAACAGCUUCUUUAGGUUUAGGUAACAAAACUCCAACUUCUUUAGGUUUAUACAACAAAAACAAAAAAAUAAAAUAACUAUGAUCAAAAGUAAAGUGAAACUUAACACUUGUGAAGACAAGGACUAUGUGUUGUUGGUUUCACACAAGAUACAAACCCCUGUCUCCUGGGCAAAAACCCUGUCGCCCCCUAACCUCCAUGCCAUAUUAUGGACUUUCAUGCUGUCUAUACUACAGCGCCUCAUUUCCGCUUCUGCUCCUGUCAUAAUUACUACGGUUGCUAGAGGUCGCUGUCGUCUUCUUUUAUUCCUUCUUGACAAAACCUACUAUUGGGUGUAGCCGGGCCCUACUGACCCACAACUAUGAGCCUUAUACCCACUGAUAAUGCUCAUUUAAUGCCUUGAUAACAGUCUAAUUGGCUGGUUGAUCAGGUCUACAGUACCUGGCUGUAUUUGUACAUGUUGACAACUUUUUCUGAAUGAAAUUAAGUAAGUGGUGGAGGUUUCAGGCCCUUUAAGAAGCUAGUCUUCCUUGGCAACCUGGUGUGUGUGAUAGUAGAAAGCAAGUAGACAUUUUCCACGAAGGCAAUGUAUUGAUUAUGCCCCUUUUUUUAAUUGAUAUUGUUAUCCUAACUGCAUUACAGUACAUUGAAUACACGAGUGGCUCUAGUGGGCAGCGCACUCAAGUUUUAAACUGAACUUUAACUAUGACAUUAGAAAAAUAAGUGGAAACUUUACUGUCCAAAGAAAUGUAAUUUACCAAGUCUUUACAUGCUAGUCCACUGUAUAGUAUUCUUGUAAAAACUGCCAAAACUUCCCUAGAAACCAAACGUUGUGAUCUUUCUUUUUGAUGUUAUUUUUUUAAUAUGCUAAGAAAUGAAAGCAAUGCUUAGACUGUUUACAUGUUGAGUAACUAUUAUGAAAUGCAUUUAUAUAUUAUUAUCAUUUUUAAUAAUUCUUCAUUAUUAGGAUAACUCCUGUUUUAUAUCAUUUCUAUUGUAAGAACAUGUACAAUCACCUGAACAACCUGCAGUAUGUCGUUAAACAGAACCUCAUUGAUUUAUGAUUGAUAGUAAUACUGUAGAUUUACUCAUUUGAGGUUCUGCAGUUCUUCAAUUUGUUGCAUGUUACUGACCUCUAGAGGUGGUGCAAUAAUUGAAACUUGAUAAUCUCUGUUUAGUUUCUUACAAUUAAUAGAUUUACAUCAUUCAAUGAAUUAAUUUGUGCAACUUUUUCCCUGGAUUGAAAAUGAAUAUGUAGGUUUGGCAUGAGAUCAUUAGCUAUGCCAACAGGCUUGUAUGUGAAGUCCAAUUUCUGUUUUUAGAUGUACAUUUUCAAUAAAUUCUCAAAACUUAAAUAUU